AUGGAAGCGGUCAGGACAUUAUCCUCGGAAGAGGAGGGUACAUUGGACGCCAUUCCAAUAUUGGAUUGCCUUAGAUACCUGUCGCGAUGGCGGGACUCGAUGUCCGGUGGUAGCGGCGCAGCCUGCGGGAGCCGAGGGGUCUGCUCCGAGAUGGACCUGUCGCGAAGGCCCCCCGCCAUGAGGCGGCCCGCCAGGCCCAAGCCGGUCCCCGCUCACGGCCGGCCCGACCACUCCUUCUCCAUAGUCUUCGACCCGGCCGGCAGGCUCUGCUACUACUGGUCCAUGGUAGUGUCCAUCGCCUUCUUGUACAAUUUCUGGGUCAUCAUCUACAGGUUCGCCUUCCAGGAGAUCAACCGAGAUUCUAUCCUGGUGUGGUUCUGCUUGGACUACUUCGCGGACUUACUCUACCUGGUGGACAUCCUCUUCCACUUCAGGACUGGCUACCUCGAGGAUGGGGUGCUUCAGACGGACUCGACCAAGCUCCGUACUCAUUACAUGAACUCGACCACGUUCUAUAUCGAUUGCCUCUGCCUCCUCCCGCUCGACUUCCUCUACCUAUCGAUAGGUUUCAACUCGAUACUCCGCUCAUUUCGCCUCGUCAAGAUCUACAGGUUUUGGAACUUCAUGGAUCGGACAGAGAGGCACACGAACUAUCCAAACCUGUUCCGAUCGACGAGCCUCAUACAUUACCUUUUGGUGAUAUUCCACUGGAACGGGUGCCUGUACAGGAUAAUAUAUAAGAACAACGGUUUUGGGUCCAAAAACUGGGUAUUUGGGGAUUCGGAAACAGCUGAUGUGGUUAAGCAAUACCUGCAGAGCUACUAUUGGUGCACCCUCGCCCUGACGACGAUCGGAGAUCUUCCUCGACCAAGAAGUAAAGGAGAGUACGUGUUCGUCAUCCUCCAGUUGCUGUUUGGUCUCCUCCUCUUCGCAACCGUCCUUGGUCACGUCGCCAACAUCGUCACCAGCGUCUCCGCUGCCCGAAAGGAAUUCCAAGGUGAGUCCUGUGCAAUCAUUACUUCUGCCACAAGGAUACUUCUGUAA